CACACUAGUACUACUGUGUGUCUGCACAUAAACACGGAGGGAAUCACGGAGCUCAGCUGGCUGCUCCACGGACUGCACGCUCAACUUCCUGUCACAUUCAGCCUUCUUUCUUAUUAUGUUGCCUUUUCCUUCGUGAACGAAAAUCAAGCAUCACUGCCAAAGUAUGAAAGGCAUCCCGAAGAGAAAGUUUGCGGAGGUAGCUGACAAUCCCUGCUAUUCCUCCUCCUCCUCCUCCCCUCCUUCCUCCCUUUCCUCCCCAGCCUCCUCAGAGUGGGAGUCAGAUGGCGAGAGCAGCUCCUCUGACAACCAAGAUUUCACCGCUCGCAGCUCGCCGUCGCUUCCCAUUCGUUCCAUUCUGAAGAGACCAAGGCUCAGAAGUGCACAGAGCAGUGUGCGCUUUGACCACGUGUCAGUGUUCAGUUUCCCACGCUGCCAGGGCUUCACCAGUGUGCCCAGACGCGGAGGUUCCACUUUGGGCAUGGUGCAGCGGCACAGCACCAUCCAGAGAUACACUGUGGCCGAGCACGCACUGGAGCAACAGCACAGACGCAGAGAGAGGCUCCGAGAAAAGCGCAGACAAGACAGAUUCAAGGCAUUAAAACACAAACUGAUCACCAGUGGGGCCAUGGACCAGCAAGAAGCAGACAUGCUCACCGUGGAUCAAAUUCCAGACGAAGACUGUGACGUCCACAUCAGUGACGCUGAGCUGAAGGAGAGGAAUUUCCUUCAGCCGCACUCCUCCAGACAGCGGCAAGUGCUCCUCCAGGCAGCAGGGGUGAAGCGCAUCGACAGGGAGGAAAAGAGGCAGCUUCACAAUCUGCGUCUUUCCAGAGAGGCGUGUGGAUGUGACUGCCAAGGCUUCUGUGAGCCAGAGACCUGCGCCUGCAGUCUAGCAGGCAUCAAGUGCCAGGUGGACCGCUUGAACUUCCCAUGCGGCUGCACGAAGGACAGCUGUGGAAACACUCACGGACGCACCGAGUUUGACUCCAGACGUGUGCGGACCCAUUACAUCCACACUGUCAUGAGACUGGAACUGGAGAGACGACUGCAGGACGAAACACUGAACCGAGAAGACCAGACAGGGCUUUCAGAGGACCUUGUAGAGGAUGAGGACCAAGAUGAGGCUCAUGCAGUGACACAGGACAAGAGGUGUCCCUUUGGGUUUACCAUGGAUGAAGACGAUCUCGCUCUCACCCUGCCUGCGAUGCCUUCCUUCCAUUACACCCCAGAGCGGUUGGUGGAGGAGAACAGCUGCAGCAGCGACAUGACUGAGUCCUCCUACUCCUCCUCUGACUCUGAAGCCGCAGGAUGUCUCACUGAAAGCCAGAGUCUCCCUGAAGGUUCGCCGGGUUCCCUUAGUAUUAGUGACUCUGAAAAUAUGAACGACGCCAUGUGCAGUCAACUCAGACACAUGGGAGAACCACUGAUACAUCAUGGUGGAAACUCUGCCACAACUACUGACAAUACAAGACAACUGACACCCAACGCAUUCACAGACAACGCGAGCAGGACCUCACUGACGGACUGUCUGGACGAGAAUGCUAACCAAGCCAGAGACUUCUUCGACAAUGACUCUCUGGAGGGCUACCCCAACACUCCCUCUCCCACUGUGGACUAUUCCUCAGGGAUGUACAUGGACUUGAGCCUGUCUUCUGACUCUGACCUGGAGUUCUUCGACAGCGACUACCCAUCUGUACAACUCCUCAGCUCCUUUAAAGGAGACAAACACUUAGCCAGUGUUUGCCACCUACAGCUGUUCAGCUCUGUUAAUCUGCCACAAUACGAGUCAAGCACCUACCUCCUGGAGUCCUUGAUUGGCUUGACUGAAUCGAGCCCAGAACAGGUUCACUCAGUCAAAGAUAAUCAGUUUUUAUAAGCCACUCACGGAACUCCUGAGGAGAACCUGUAUGAGAUCAUUUUAUGUACAGAGCACUGCUUUAAUAUAUUUGUAAGAGUAUUUUAUUGUACAAUGAAUGCUUGAAAAAAAUAUUUUUUCCAAGCUUGAUAUUUUAUUUGUUGCCUAAAAAUAUUUUGCCUUUGUUUCUGAGAAACUCUGUUUGAGUAAUCUAAUAUAUAUGUAUUUUUAUUUACAUUCAUUUCUUCAUAGUCCCAGAGAAUAUUGAAUUUUGAUAAAUGAAGGGUGCACAUAUUUUAAAGGCAGUGUUACCAGAUUUAGAGUCAGUGCAGAGUUAAUAUUUUAAGGCCACGUUUCCUAUUGAGAUAUCAUGAAAAGUUCAUAUAUUCUGCUGGUAUUGUAGCUGGCCAUGAUUUCACAAGAUUGUCCACCUUGAGACACAGUUCCAGUCUUAAAUUUGUGAAUUUGUUGUAACAAUUGCCUGAAUCACUGUGGGUUAUCCCUUUUUAUAUGCUUCACAAAAUGUUUGAAAUCUCUGUAUUGAAGUAAUAAAAAAUAAUUUUAUUUAUUUA